AUGGAUUCACACGCAAAAAAACAGUACGAGACAGGCUAUGAGGAUAAAGGCCCUGACUCUGCAGGUAACAGUCAGGAUGGCGAGAACAUCGCAACUGUCAUUGAUAAUAGUGACCAGCUCAAGCGACGACUAGGCAACCGCCAGAUUCAGCUCAUUGCCAUCGGAGGGUCCAUCGGAACGGCGACAUUCGUGAGCAUCAGCUCUGGCUUGAUGAAAGGUGGACCGGGAAGCUUAUUUCUAGCGUAUACCAUUUACUCAUGUAUGAUGGGUUUAGUGAACAAUUGCAUGGCAGAGAUGGCAGUUUUCAUGCCCAUCAGUGGAGCAUUCAUACGCAUGGCCGGUCAUUGGGUUGAUGAAGCGUUUGGCUUUUGGGCAGGUUGGAACUUUUUCAUCUACGAGGCGCUCCUCAUCCCUUUCGAAAUUACGGCACUGAAUUUGGUCUUGACAUUUUGGCGGGAUGAUAUCCCCGUUGAAGCUGUGGUAGCUGCGUGUAUUGUGAUUUAUUUUGUACUAAACGCCUUCACUGUUAAAUGGUAUGGCGAAGCAGAAUUCUGGCUUGCGACCGGGAAGGUCCUUCUAAUUCUUAUCGUUUUUCUUUUCACCUUCAUAUCGAUGGUUGGCGGAAAUCCCAAACAUGAUGCCUAUGGAUUCCGCUAUUGGAAUAAUCCAGGUUCAUUCGCCGAGUAUAUUACAACUGGCUCUCUAGGGCGGUUUGAAGGCUUUCUGGGCGCAGUAUGGAGUGCAUCGUUCACUAUUGUUGGACCAGAAUACAUGUCUAUGGUAGCUGGUGAAACAAAGCUCCCAAGACGGUAUUUGAAGACCGCUUUCAAGACCACUUAUGCUCGAUUUGCCUUUUUCUUCAUAGGAAGUGCAUUGUGCGUCGGCAUCGUUAUUCCAUACAACGAUAAGACAUUGCUCGAUAUCAUGAGCGGAUCAUCCAGCGGCUCUGGUACUGCAUCAGCUUCUCCAUACGUUAUUGCUAUGAAUCAUCUCGGAAUCACUGUUCUGCCACACAUCACAAAUGCUCUGCUAGUCACAAGCAUAUUCUCAGCCGGAAACGCAUAUACUUACUACGGUACACGCAGUCUUUAUGGCCUUGCCUUACAAGGUCAGGCACCCAAAAUUCUAUCCCGAUGUACCAAAGCUGGAGUCCCGAUAUAUUGCUUGUGCAUUGUUAUAGUAUUCCCUUUUCUCGCAUUCCUCAAUGUAUCUAGUGGCGCUGCUCAAGUUCUGACCUGGCUUACAAACAUCAUCACUGCGGCACAGGUCAUUGACUAUAUCGUCAUCUGUGUCACAUACAUAUUCUUCUACCGUGCUUGCCAUGCGCAAGGCAUCGAGAGGCGAACUCUCCCCUACUAUGGAUACUUCCAACCAUACUCUGCUUGGAUCAGCCUCGUAUGGAUGACAUGUGUGGUAUGCUGCUAUGGAUAUUCGACUUUCUUACCGGGCAAUUGGAGUGUUGGUGACUUCUUCACUUAUUACACUAUGGUUUUGGUUGCACCGGUGCUCUUCUUCGGUUGGAAGAUUGUCAAACGCACGAAAUUCGUGAAGCCACAUGAGGCAGAUCUAAUUUGGGACAGACCUAUUAUCGAUGCCUACGAGGCCACCUUUACCGAGUAUGCUCCAGGGUUCUGGACUGAGAUCUUGCAAAUGUUUGGAUUGCGCAGAAACAGGAAAGAGAGGCAGAAUAUCUCCUGA